AUGGAAACAGGAAGAAACCAAGCGUCACUGGCAGACAUCGAGGGACAGCUCACUUCGGUGUUUGAAGCCAACCCAAGCGCAGUCAUGGCCGAAUUAUCGUCGCAAUACGGAGUCGUUUUGAUGUCGACCGAAGAAGUCGAAGCGCUGAAGCAGUUCUUGGUUGCCAACCCCGGUGUCGAGGUCACCCCAAAGCACUUGCUUGAUCUCGCCGCUCGAAACAGCUCUGGUGCAUCAUCCCCAGAUGCAGACCACCUCAAAGGGCGUGGGGAAAUAGGCACCCCGCAGCGACAUCAUCCCCUAUCCCGCAAAUCCUCGUCUAUGAGUCUAAGGUCGAAUACUCCUGGUCGUGGAGGCCCUCCGUCCCCGUUUGAUUCGCAGCUCAGGCAGCGGUCGGUACCCUUGUCAAACCAAGCUCCGAGCUCUUGGAACCGCAAACCUCUGCCUGCCUCGAAGAGAAGGAAGAGCGAUGCCGGUAGUACCAGUGGUAACCGCUCGUCCAGCGAUAACGAGUCUUCUCCAGCAAUCAGCCGUUCUUCUCGCCGUAAAUCUGCUCCCCUCUCGUCGCCUUGGAUGAGCUCUAGCACGAGUUUACCCUUCCCGGCCAGCCCAUACAACUCCUCUACCCUGUCCCCAGAGACCUCGUUUUCGUCGGCCAGGCGUUCGCAAUCCUUUGACCAAUCACUUUCCCAGACCCUUGUUGACGAUUUUCCCACUAAUCCUCAAAACCCAAAAGCCUCUCCGAACCCUGUCCUCCAGUUCAGCUCCGACUCAGAUACCGAGCCUGAGGAUGGCGACGAAGACGAAAAUACCCAUCGUUAUGUUCGGCAGGCAUUAUCCAGCGAUGCAUCGCUUCAGGCCCAAGACGUCGUCGAAGCGCUGCAAAAGACCAAUGCCGAACUUACUCGAAAGGCCGCUGAGAGCGAACGUCGAAUGCAGAACCGUUUGGCAGAGCGCGAGACGGAGAUCGCGGAGCUCGAGCAGCAACUGGACGACCUCAAGACCGAGCUGAGCACCAGCAGGAGAGAGGAGAAGGAGCUCAGGAUCAAGGAGCGCGGGAACAUGACGCAGCUCGCGACCUUUGAGAGCGAAAUUCAAAAAUUGCAGAAGAGCUUGGAGCACCACAAGGUCCAAUAUUCGAAUAUGCAGAAGCAGUACCAGGAGCAAUGCACCGAGACCGAACGGAUGAGGAAUGUUUUGAGGCGGAGAGAACAAGAGAUCAAAGAUGCAGACGAUCGGGGAUUUGUACAUGAAGCUGAGGCUCAGAAGUGGGCCCGCGAACGCGAAGCACUCGAAAAAUCCAUCGAAACACUCGAGGUUGAGCUUUCUGUCACGCGCCAUGCAUCAAACGAACUCGACGAGCAGAAGCAAGAGAACUUGUUGCUCAAGGAAACAAUUGAUCGUCUGCGGUUCGACCUCGAUGCGCUUCGGGCCGGUAUGACUUCGAGUGUGGGUGGCCUGAAUCAAGGCCAGGGUAUCCUCAGCAUGAGUUUGGCGAACGAGAUCAGGGAAGGUUUCGAGAGGCGGGAGAGGGAGGAACGGGAGAACAACCGGGAUGAUGAUGAGACGGAUGCUGAGGUCACUGUGGAAGAUGGCGAGGGAAGCGAGGACGGGUAUAUCGAGACCACUGUUACUACCACUCGGAAAAGGACUGGAAAGCCCAAACCUGGCACGCGUCUCCUCGAGGGCACGUUGCGUGAAUACGCUGAUGCCGAGACCCAGCAUGACCCCUCAGAGUUUGUUAAAUCUUCUUCAACGCAACAUGACGCCUCGUGGGUCGUCUCUUCUAUGGGCGUCCAGCACGACGCGGCUGCCUUUACUACUACUGCUGGGGUUCAAUACGAUCGGGAGCUGUGCACAUCGAGCGAGGGGGUCCAAUACGACUCGAGCUUGCACACUUCAAGCGAGGGUGUUCAAUACGACCGUACCUUGUUCAGCUCUACUGCCCAAGUCCAGUACGAUUCAAAAUUAUUCACCUCGAGCGAAGGUGUGCAGCAUCAAGAAAAAGAGUUUUCGACCCAGGCGGGCGUGCAGCAUGACGAGACCCAGUUCGUUUCUGCGACCGGAGUUCAACACGAUGCUGCCGUCGGUUCGGUCGGGGCGGAAGUACAGACCGAGGAGCGAGUCGUCAAGGCCGUCGAGGUGGAGACUGAGCUGGAUGUUCGUCAUGCAGAGGUCGGCACCGAGGUCGAAGUGAAGCACACUGAAACCGCAACAGAGCCAGAGACCGAACCGGAGCGCACCAUGUGCGAGGCGCAGACCCAGACCGAGGACGACACCAAGCUCUCUGUUUCAUCCCCUGUUCCGAGCGAUUUGCCCCCACCAUAUGCACAGAGCUCUCGGGAGACCGAAGCUGGCGUUCUCAAGAAAUGGCACGCUGGAUUGGCCGAGCGGGCAUCUACCUCUGGCGAACCAUCGUCUUCCCAAGUCCGCGAAGACUGGGCCGCGCUCAAGCGCUCUGUUGGAGUCGAAUGCGGAGUUAUCGACCGGAUCGUCGAGGGCAAGGGCGUUGUGGACCUGGUCGAGGACGACGGCGAGGAGGUUACAGAGUGGGUCCGUGUCCCAGUUAGAGGGAACCGACGCGGGCUCUUUAAUGUGUACAAUACAUAUAUCGUCCGGAGAGGAGAUGGAUGGUGGACCUCCGUGUUGACCCAGGCCGUCGUAGGAAUCGGCUUUUGGGCCGUCGUGGCAGGACUUUGGGGUCCUCGCUUGACUCCAUUUGAGGUUCCAACUUACACGGACCGUGCGACUUGGUCAGCGUACAACAACUACGCUGGUGCCUUUGGAGAAGGGCUCGUUGGGCGAAGCGUGGAUAAUCCGGUGUGGGUUGCCGUCGAACGCCUGCUCGUCGGUGCCGCGGUGCGAGUGGGACCGGGCCUGCCCACCUAA